AUGAGCUUCAGCAGCGAUGAGGUCAACUUUCUGGUCUACCGUUACCUGCAGGAAUCAGGUUUCCUCCAUUCUGCAUACACGUUCGGCAUCGAAAGCCACAUCAGUCAGUCAAACAUCAACGGGGCAUUAGUGCCGCCAGCGGCUCUUCUCAGCAUCAUUCAGAAGGGAUUACAGUACACGGAGUCCGAGAUAAGCAUUGGCGAGGACGGGUCAGAGCGAACCAUGGAGUCGCUGUCUCUGAUAGACGCCGUCAUGCCGGACGUAGUCGAGUCCCGGAAACAGGCGUUCACCAAGAGCAGCCAGGUCAAGGCCGAGCCAAGUAAUACAAACGGUGACGGGGGAGCACACGCGGCUGAUAACCACACCGAGUCGAUGGAAGUUGACGGGGCUGUCGACAUUCCCAGCAACAAGGCAACAGUUCUGCGCGGGCAUGAGUCUGAAGUGUUCAUCUGUGCCUGGAACCCGACCAACGACCUGCUGGCUUCAGG